AUGGCUAUAUGUAGACAUGCGUGCGGCUAUAUGUUCACUGUAGUUAAUAAUAAAUCAAAGAAAAACAGACCUGAAGUUAGUGUUCUAGUCAAUGGUCAAAGGUGUAAAGUGUUGGUGGACACAGGUUCGACUGUACAUGUGAUGAAUAGUAAUACAGCACGUUUAGUAAAGGCCAACUUAAAGCCAUGUUCCAAACAGUUGUUUGCAUUUAAUGCCUCUAAACCAUUACCUGUCAUAGGUAAAUUUGAUGUUAACCUAAAGUACAAAGAUAAACUAAUUAAGAGUGAGUUUAUUGUGGUUGAGGGUACAGCUGGUCAAAUAUUGAGUCAUGAAACAUCAUGUGAUUUAGGCAUAUUACACAUUGUGUAUGAAAUGACAGCAGAUGAUGUGUAUCAGAAAUAUCCAAAUUUGUUUGUUGGAUUAGGUAAAAUGAAAAAUACCUCUGUAAAAUUGCACAUUGAUGAAAAUGUUCUGCCAGUACGUCAGACGACACACAGACGAAUUCCUUUUCACCAAAGAAAAAACCUAAGUGAAUGUUUAGAUUAUUUGUUAGACCAAGACAUAAUUGAACCUGUCACUGGUCCUACCCCAUGGAUCAACCCGAUAGUGUUAGUUUCGAAACCCAAGCAACCUGGAGGUAUGCGCUUAUGUGUAGACAUGCGCGCAGCCAACAAGGCCAUUUCACGCGAACGACAUCUGAUGCCCACUAUUGAUGAAGUAAUAACACGAUUUAAAUGGUGCGACUGUCUUCAGUAA